UUUUUUUUUGAAAUUAUAACUUUAAGCUUUAAAAAAGCUUAAUCUUAACUAAUUUUACUCCUAUUCUCACUUCUAAUAAUCAUCUUCAACUGAAGACAUAUUAAUAUUAAAUUCUAUCAAAUGCAUAAUAGAAGAAGAAAACGCCUCAGGUUUGGAAUGUUUAGGAUAGAUUUGAUCACGCCCUUCUAAAAUUUAAGAGUAAAAUAUAUUAACCUUGAAUUCAUUUUGUUUUAUAUGAAUUAACAGAAACCAUCAUGUACCAAAUACCUAUAGGCUCAACCGAGUUUAAUGUAUUCAUCCAACGCCCUGCUCAGACUUUCAGCUCACAAUAAAAUUUGCAAAUAUGCGGGAAGAGUUUGGGUUUGGUUUGGUUAGGUUUGGUAAGCUUGAGCUCAGUAGUGUAUAGGCACUCCUUGUAUUCAUCCAAACAGAUUCAGAGUGAAAUUGUUAGUGAAAAGUGAAUAAAGUGAAACUAGUGAAAGUGAAAUGCAAUUCAAAAGUGACUUUUUAGGAAUUUUUCCUAAAAUAUCUGACAAAAGAAUGAAUCGGUAAAACUGAAUAAAAAACAAGAAUCCAAGAUGGCCAGCACUAGUCCAGGAGGAGGUCCUGGGAGCCCCUCCCAUCCACCAGAUCAACCAGCUACCUCCUUCUCUUCCUCUUCUACUACUAAGAAGACCGUGGAAACUGGUGUAAAUGAAAAGGUUGGAUUCUUCGAACAAGUUUGGAAGAAUCGUCCAAGAUCAAGAUCUCUUGGGAGAAAAUCCAAGAAAGAUUCUCUAGCUGGGUCAGCGGGGCUAGCUGGGCUAGGAUCCAGUUCUAGAUCUAGUCGAGUAGAGACAGCGUAUCAUGGUCCUAGAACUGAUGCCCGGGAUCGGAGCAGCUCAGACCCGCGUCGGCACAGGAUACCACGGGCCAGUCUUUCCCCGUCCUGCAGUCCUGUAACCAUCCAGGACAUGCAGGAGGAUACUCAAUACAGAUACAAACUUAGAUCGGUCUCAAGAGAACGAGAACGAGAACGAAGGGUUUCAAGAGAACGAUCCCUAGAUCGCGAACGGCGACGUUCUCGCUCUGGCUCGCGACGUCACGAUGACGUUGAUCGCUCAAAUGAAAGUUAUGAAUUCGAAUCCUCUGGUCUUGAACCACGAGGACAAGUUAAACGAUCUCAAAGUGGACGGAUGAUGAACACGGAGAAAAUGGAUUCCUCCUAUUCUUACAACAGAGCUGACAUGAAACCCAGAGCUCUUUCAUUUCGUGUUUCUCCCGCGAAACAUAUUGCAACCUUGGAACAUAAAGCCGUGUACACUGAGGUUGGAACACAAAAAUCUGCAAAAUAUUCAGAAACCCAUUUUCAUGCUAGCGAACACCUAUCUCGAGAUGGGGACAGAAGUAGCUUGCCCCCACCAAUACCAGCAAGACGGGGUAAACAGCAGCGAGUUUCUGAACCGGUUCUCUACCCAACAAUGCCAAGCAUGGAAUCUGUUUAUACCACAGAAUAUGCUGAGGGACCGCAGACAAGUACACCGAGAAAACCUUCCACACCGUUCCAAUUAUGGAGGGAACAGAGACUCAAGCAGGAACAAGGAACAUACUCUACUACAUAG